AUGGCUUCCACAAAAGAAGUAAAACUUAUUUUGGUUACUGGCUCUGUAAUCUCUGGAGUUGGUAAAGGAGUUGUUACCUCAAGUUUGGGCCUUCUUCUUCGCUCCAAAGGCUACAGGAUUUCGGUCAUUAAGAUUGACCCUUAUCUUAACAUUGAUGCUGGUACAUUUUCUCCCUACGAACACGGUGAAGUUUAUGUUUUGGACGAUGGAGGUGAAGUGGAUUUGGAUUUUGGCAAUUAUGAACGUUUUUUGAACUUGAGAUUCAACAGAGACAAUAACAUUACAACUGGCAAGAUCUACAGCAUGGUUAUUGACAAGGAACGGAAGGGAGACUACUUGGGAAAGACAGUUCAGAUCGUGCCACAUAUUACAGAUGCCAUUAUUCAGUGGGUAGAAAGAGUGGCAGCCAUUCCGGUGGAUGGAACUAACGACACACCUGAUGUUUGUAUUAUAGAGGUAAGUCUUUAGGUUUUUGUUGGUUUUUAGGUAAUACAUCAAGUUAACAUGAAGGAACUGGCUAGAAUAAGGUCGAAUAAGCUUCUGCGAAGGCAGAGCAUAGUGUUUUAAUAAAAAUUGAAGCUGUACCUUUACUAAAUUUGACGUUUUCAGCUUGGAGGAACAGUCGGAGACAUUGAAAGCAGCGUCUUUGUCAAAGCUUUUGGAGAUCACUUCAGCAGACCCAAGAAUCGUCAUCGUUUGAUGAACGUGCACGUUAGUAUGAUGGUGGGCACUGAAGCCGAGCCUCAGAAGACUAAACCCAUGCAAGAAGGCAUCUCCAAGGUCAGAAGUUUUGGUCUAACACCUGAUCUUCUUGUAGUAAGAAACAAGGAAGGUCUAACUAAAGCAAUGGCCGAAAAGAUCUCAGACUUCAGUCAACUGGAACUCUAUCAGAUUGUGGACAACAAGAAUGUCUCCAGUGUCUACAGGGUGCCUCUACAAAUGGCUAACGAUGGGGUUUUGGAUGUGAUCAUCAGAAGACUUGAGCUACCAAGUUUAAGUCACAGAAAGGUCACAAGGCCUACUCCAACAUUGGACCAAUGGGAGAUUUUGGUGGAUUUGAUUGAAAAUGCCUCGAAAGAUGUUAAGAUAGCAUUAGUUGGGAAAUAUGUGAAUAGUGAGGAUGCUUAUAAGUCUGUGAAACAAGCUUUAAGUCAUGCUGGUAUCUUCUGUGGACGAAAUGUUGAUAUUGUACCUGUUCAAUCAGAGGAUUUGGAAGAAGGGACAAAGCAGAAUGUUAAGGAUAGUGCCUGGAAGAAGCUGAAGGAGUGCAGGUAAGGAUACGAUUAAAGAUAAUAUAUUUUUUUGAUUAUUUUUUGUUUUUUGAGUAUUAUUUGUUACCUACAAACUUAUUUUUAUGUUUUAGGUAUCACUUUUGAUGAUUUGAUAAAAAAAAGGGAUUAAAGGUUGAUAAAAGGGUUAAAAGCAUGAUUAUUACAAUAUAACUUUAAUCAAAUCUUACUUUUCAGUGGAAUCCUCGUUCCUGGUGGCUUUGGAGAACGUGGUGUAGAAGGAAAAAUCAUAGCUUGCAAAUAUGCUAGAGAAAACCAGAUACCUUUCCUGGGUAUUUGCUUGGGAAUGCAAUGUGCAGCUGUAGAAUAUGCCAGAAACGUGUGUAACAUCGACGGAGCAGACUCGGCCGAGUUCAAACCAAACCUCGACUUUGACAAACAAGUUGUGAUCGACAUGCCCGAACACGCCGCUUUAAAACAUGGUAUGGGAGCUACAAUGAGGUUGGGUAGAAGAAGAAGUCAGUUCUUGACAUCAGAAUCUGUUCUGAAGAAGUUGUACAACAAGUUGGGCAAAGUGGAUUCUCAUGAAGUUGAUGAACGUCAUAGGCAUCGAUUUGAAGUGAAUCCGUCUUUGGUGCCGACACUAACUGAAGCCGGGCUUCAUUUUGUGGGUAUGGGAGUGGAUGAGACUUCUGAAGGCAAAAGUCAUCUUCCAGCGACGACUUCGUCAGCUCAACUGAUUCAGUUGGCUGCAUUUGAGGAUUCUAAGAAGGUUAGUUUUGAAAAAUUUUAAAAAAUUGAUAUUUUUGAAAUUUUACAUUUUGAUUUUGACUUUUGUAAGUUUUUUUUGCUAUAAAUUCCACAAAUUCAGGACGAUCUGCUCGAUAAAGUGUCAAAGUUGUGCAAAAGAGGUGGUGAUGGAGUCACAGCAGCUGCAGUUCGAAUGGAAAUUCUGGAACUCAAAAACCAUCCAUAUUAUGUUGGAGUACAAUAUCAUCCAGAGUAUCUUAGUGACGCUCUGAGACCAUCUGCACCAUUCCUCGGCUUAGUUUUGGCAUCAAUCGGUGAACUGCCACGAUACCUAAAGAAUGAAUAUGAAAGCUCAGUGGAAAAGCUGUCUAAUGUGGUUUGUAAUGAUGAGAAUGCUCUGCCUACUUUGGUAUGUUGAGUUUGAUGUUUUUUAAGAAGUUGUCAUUAUAAAGAGAGUGUCACACUAUUUGAGGUCAUACUGAAGAAGUUUUGCUGUAGUACAAUAUUGAUGUAUAAAAUUGAUUUUCAGGAUGAACACGGCCUUAAAACUCACAAAAAGAUCCCGUUCUCUAAGCAGACUACUCAAUUAUGA